GUGAACUUUGGAACAACCAAAAAAAUCAAUGUUCGCAGAAAUGUCAAUAUCUUUAACAAGAAGUAUUUUUUACCUCUUUCUCUUCUUUUUUGCCACUGCAGCUUCAAGAAAUGAGAAGCUAUCAGCUUAUGAAGAGCUACAGCGUUAUGAUUUCCCAAUGGGGAUUCUUCCAAAAGGUGUAAAAGACUACAAAUUAAACACAAAAACAGGUGAAUUCUCAGCUUAUCUUAAUUCUACCUGCAGCUUCAAAUUGGAGAACUCAUAUCAACUGAAUUACAAGCCUGUUAUAAAAGGGGUUAUAUCUAAAGGCAGGCUUAAGAAAUUGAGUGGUGUUAGUGUUAAGGUGGUGUUGCUAUGGCUUAACAUUGUCGAAGUUGAGAGAAAAGGUAAGAAUCUUGAGUUCUCAGUUGGACUCGCUUCGGCGAAUUUUCCGGUUGAGAACUUUGAGGAAUGUCCACAGUGUGGGCAUGGAUGGAAUUGUGUUGAUGGAGGUAACAAUCUUGUGUCUUCUUUCUAG